AUGGCAGAUCUCGCGGACCAUAUGCUAGAACUUAUGCGCCGCGCUGGCCCACCAGCCGGCGUCCAAGUCAACGUCUCAGCAUGUCCUGUUCCGUUCCUGGACGCGAAUCUCUACCCGCCUACAGGCGGUGAAGUCGACGCCCGCUUCUGCGCCUCCCCAAUCCCACCCCUCAUGUGCUGCCUCCCCUGCCCGAUCUCCGAUUGGGUCUUCAGCGACUCCUUCAACACCCAAGCACCCGCCGCAAACUACAUCUCCAUCGCCGCCUUCAUCCUCAACUCCGUGCUCCUGAUAACCUUCAUCGUGCUCCCGGAAACCAAGUCCCAUCGGCAUUAUCUUUCCAUCGGCCUGACGAUAAGUCUGAUGUUACUCAGUAUCGCGUUCAUCAUCCCGUUGAGCACGGAGCCAGAGUUCUGUUAUGAUGCUAUCACGCCGAAUAAUAUGCAUUCGGAUCUCAGUUGUGCGUGGUCAGGGGCGUUAUUGUUGGUGGGCGCUAUGGGGACUGCUGUUUGGGUUCUCCUCCGCUCAGUCUGGACAGCUCUCCGCAUAGUCUUCGACUUCAAACACCUCGAAAUCUACAAAUGGGUCUCCGUCCCUCUCGGCGUCGGCCUCCCGCUUCUUUUCCUCGGUCUCACCCUCCCACUGACAGGAGUCUCCUACCGCCUCUACAACGUCUGCAUACCCAACGGUCCUCACGCCUUCGCCACCUGGUUCCUCUGGAUUCUGAUCUUUGCUGGCGCGGGAGGUGUCGUGUUGGUACUUACCGUCCUAUGGUGUUUGUGGAAGUAUGCGCUCAGUGCCUUUGCCGGCAAGGCGCAGGUGUCUGGCUACACGGGUGGUGGGACCAGUCAGACGACAACACAGAGAGGUGAUCAGCCGGGCACGCCUAAGAGUCCUGGGAAGGCUUCGAAGCGUGGCACGAGGGUCGAGUGGUCUCGAAUCCAAAGGGUGUUGGCUCUGCAGUGGCGAACGAUCUUGUUGGCAUUCAUUGUCGUGAACGAGACGAUCUACUUUGGUCUGGUAUUUGUUGAGCAGACUGCGGCUAUCGAGGCGAGUUCGCACGGAAUCACGGCUGCGGAUUUGGCUUGGGGUGUUUGUCUGAUCGAGACUUUGGGUGACAAGGUGGCUUGUCUGCCGCAAUCUGGUGGGCUUGGUGUGAGCGAGGCAAGGAUUGUCGCCACACUCAUCCUUGCAUCGUUGCUCGGCCCUGUAGUCUUCUUCCUAAUGGUCCGCUUGAGUAUGUUAGAAGGCUGGUGGGAGAUCAUACGCAACCCGCUAGGUUACUUCAAGAAGCGCAGGGGCAGUAUGAGCAGCCAGGACUUCAUCAUGGCGACUAGUCCGAGGCAUAUCUCGCUCAACAAGCCGCUGGGCUCGGACACACCAGAGCUAAAACCUGUCCCACGCAGUCCGAUGAGGCCGAAGACUGUACCUGAGGAGGAAGCUCAGGGGCUCGACAGUGCCGUUGCAGCUGGCCACGAGCAUGAAUAUGACAGCAAGACGGCUGAUGCGCAUAACGGGCUGGACUUCGGAUUGCGCGAUCACGAUAAGCAUGACGAGAAGGACAUGAGCGAGGAUGAGGUCCUGGUAUGA